AUGUCUUGUCUUCAUCCUUCUUCAGUUGGAAGACCGACCAUGUCUCAAGUUGUUCUUAAACUAAAUGAGUGCUUAACAUCUGAAAACUCGAGGGGAGGAGCGAGCCAAGCUAUGGACUCGGAGACUUCCAUAGAAGUAACCAUGACCGUUGGUACAGAAGUGAACCCUAUGGCUCGCUAG